AUGAAUCCCUCAAUGAUUAGUCAUCCAUAGAAUUACUAUCUAAGCACUAAUAUGCAAUAGGCUCAAAUGCUGCCACAUCAUUAAUAUGGCUAUAUGGUUUAUGCUCCUCAAUAACCUGUUUAAUAACUUCCUAUCUAAAACUAAGUUUAACAAAACCAGAUUAUCUAAACUCAACCUUUAGUCCCCCAAAUAGUUUAAUAACCCAUGAAUCCUUUAAAUAGUUAAAAUAGCGGAUGCGCUGUUUUGUGCUACCCUACUUUUGUAAACGUCUAAGGAUAUUAAGGAGUUCCUUUUUAUGCUGUUUAAAAUUACUAAAUAACGGGUUAAAAUGGAAUGAUUUAAAUGCAAAAUAAUCCACAAAUAUCAUAAAAUAUAUUUAUUCAAAGUCAAAGCCAGACCUCAUUGAAUUAGUAAACCUAAUUUAAUUUAAGCAACGAUUAGAAUAGUAACACUUUAUAAAAUAACGAAUAAAAAUCUUAAUUGUUUUAAACUGAGACUGUUCUACCUUCUAAUCAUUAAUAAAUCAAUAAUUCUCCUAAUAAAUUUGAUGAAAAGCACAGUAAUAAAGCGGCUUCGUUGAUGAAACUUUCAGAUUCGCAAGCUUUGAGCGUAAAAAGUACUGUUUCAAACAAAUCAAAUCAAAACAGUAGCAAUAAAGAUCAAGCUAAAAUUGAGAGCACCUACUUAUGCUAAAUCCAACAAGUUAAUGAAGAAAACAUCUCCUUUAAGCUGAUAAAAAAUCACUCAGUUUCAACAACAGUUAAUAUUAAUAAUUAAAAUACAAUAAAUAACCUUCCCAUUAGCUUUUCUGAAAAUGACAAUGAAGAGCUAUCGAGCAAUAAUUAGAAUAAUUUUUUAAAUAACUAAGCUAAUUUCAUUACAAAGAGUGAUUAAGGCGAGACAACUACUGCUAUUUCUUUGUCUUACCCUACUAAAGCAUAAAACAUAAAAUCAAAAUAAUUAAAUACUCCUUAAGACUAAUCUUCAAAAUCUUCUAAAAAACAAAAGUAAAGAAAAAAUAAAUUGAGUUUUAAUUAGAGUGAAAAUUUUGAAUCAAAUUAAAUAGUAAAUUAAUCUGAUGUGAAAGAAAAUAUUGACACCGAAUUUGCUAGUAAUUAAUAAUUUAAUAAUUCCAAAGUUUUUCUAGCAUGCAAACAAUAAAAUUUCAUUUAAAAUCAAGAUGAAAAAUACAAUGAUUUUUUAAGCUCUGAGAUUAAAGGAAAUGCCAUGAGCGAAGAAGAGAUUUCAAUAAAUGACUAAUCACAACAAAAAAGCUAAGAUUCCUUCUAACAAUAGGUAUAAUAAAAAAGUAAGGCUAAGAAUGAUCAAUCAAUAUAAUAAACUCUUCAAAAUAAGCUCAUCAAGGAGAAACUCCUAGAGAAUGCCACUCCCGCUCAAAAGGAAUUACUGAGUUAAAUUUAACAAAUUAGCAAGUAAAAUUCUGCCAAGGCAUUCCUUAAAGCUUACAAAAAAUUUGCCCUUCAAGAUCACGAAUAUAUUUAUAAUUAUCAAAUUAAUGAAAAUUAGUAUUAUUACAAAGUUUGCAGAGAAAUGCCUAUUAUUCGUAUUGACAACCCAACAAAAAAAGACUUAGAAGGAUUUUAUCGUAAGUUCAAAAAAUUUUUCAACGGAAAGCAAUAUAAUAACAAUACAUUAAAGAUUGUUCUAAGAAACAAACUCUACGGAAAGCUCUUUAAUGAUUUCCUAGAAUUUCACUCUGAUAAAUGGCUUGAAGAAUCAAAAUCUAAAAAUAAAGACGAUUUGAGAAUUAUCAUUAAAUUCUUACAGAUUUGUCAUCAAAAUUUAGAUUAUUUAGUAUUCUUACGCGACCACGAUAAAUCAAAGGACAAAUCAAAUAGUGGAUAUGACUCAGAUUGA